GUUUUCCACUUGUUCCAAUUUUUUUUUCCUUACGAUGACAAUUCUUUCAUUAAAACAUCGCACAUUUCGGAAGAUGAAAAUAAAAGUUUUCAUUCCUUUUAUGUGAAAGACGUCGAGAAGCAACAUUCACUAUAUGUAUAUUUUUACAACCAAUUUUGAAGGCAGGGUGACUGACAUAUAGAUAUCUAUCUAGCGAUAAACAUAAUUAGUAAAAAAGAUUAAAAAUAUAUGCGCUUUAGCAAAAGAAAAUAGCCAGAAAGAAAAUAGCGAAAAAAGAUGUUGAAAUCUCCAGCGUCAUCAGAUCAAUUCCCGAAAAAGAUGAAGGAUUUUAGAGUUGUUAGGCAAAUGGCUAUCAAAAAGAUGUUUAGAAAUAUGCAGCGCAGACUUUCAUUAAUACACCAUGCACUUAUUUGCGAUCAGAAAGAUGCAUAUGAAGUAAAAACGCCCUACAAAGUAUUUAGUUGGUCCAAAGAAGAUUUUGAGGCUCGACUGAAAUUGGAGAAUAUGGCUUGGCUUGAGGUGUUCAUUAUGAGUAUGUCGAAAAGUUGUAUGGAAAUGAGAAAGCAGGAAACUGAUAUUGAAGAAUUAUUGGAAUUUACAAAACUAUUACACGAGAAUUUCGAGAAUCAAAAUACAAAGAUUGAUAAAAAGUUGAAAUCGGCGUUAGCAAUAAUAGAGUUGCCAGAAGUUAUGGAAAUUCACCUAAAGAAUAAUUUAAAAAACAAUGAAGAAUUAUGUGUUCGUUUUCAUGAAAAAACGUUUACUAAAACGGAUGAUAAAACCGUUAGCAAAAAAAUAUAUGCAUUGGAACAUAUUUUAUCUGAAAAUAUUGCUUACGAUCCCAUAGAAAUGCGCUAUCAAAUACGCUAUCAAAAUUCGCUUGUCGACCAGUUUGAGGAUAGGAAUUUAAUCGAGCAGAAUAAGAUUAAGAAACAGAUCGAUAGAUAUAAUGAACUAAUGCGUAUAGAGAAGUAUUGCUCUCAGUGCACGGUGAACGCUCUCUAUGCAGAAACUAAUAAAUAUAGAACCCGCAUAGACGAAUUAGGUGCUCAAUAUACGAAGGAAUAUGAAGCCAUAACCAACAAGAUCGCUAACAAGCGUGUGAAUUGUGAAAAGAUACGUGUUCAGCGUAGCUAUUUGGAGGAAGAAAUUGUUCACUUCAAGGAAGAAAUCGCGAAUGUACUACGUCAGAAGAAGGCAAAACGUUUACAUCGCAGCAGCGAACAGACAAUUAUUUCGCAGAACAACACGGAAAGCCCACCAGCUUUGGAAAAGAAAAGCAAUAAGAAGAAGAAGGAGUAAAUGUGAAUCACCAUCUGCAUUCCAGGAAUGUAUCUAUAUUUAAUGGGUAUUGUAUACCAAUUUCAAAUAUAUUUAACUUAAAGAUUAUGCGAGUAUUGAAUAUGGAUUCAUGAGCGUUUAUAAGCAAAAUGUUACGAAAACGAAUUGAUCGUUUUGAAAACCGAA